AUGGAUUGCUCCUUGUGGCCUCGAUAUGCCGCAGCAGCUGCCUACAAUCCGGCAGGAACCGCUGUACCGAGUCCAGCUGCUGGUGCCGCAAGUGCUGCUGCCGCUGCCGCCGCUGCUGCCGCUCUAUAUACUCAGCCAUUUACUAGUCACACAGGCGUCAAUCAGCUCGGUGGAGUUUUCGUGAAUGGACGUCCUUUACCGGAUCAUAUCCGGAAUCGAAUAGUUGAAUUAGCACAUCAAGGUGUUCGUCCCUGUGACAUCUCACGACAAUUACGGGUAUCACACGGGUGUGUAUCGAAGAUACUUGGUCGUUACUAUGAGACCGGAUCCAUUCGACCAGGAGUUAUUGGUGGGUCAAAGCCAAAAGUAGCUACACCAAAAGUUGUUCAAACAAUUGCUGCUUAUAAAAGGGCUAAUCCAACAAUGUUUGCCUGGGAAAUUCGAGAAAAAUUAUUAGAGGAACGAAUAUGUGAUGCCGAAAAUGUGCCAAGCGUGUCUUCAAUUAAUCGGAUCGUCCGGAAUAAAUCAUCUAUGGAUCGCUUAUCAGAAAGAACUCUUCAACAAACAGCUUUUUUAACACCAACAACUCCUUAUUCCAUCAAUGAGCUUCUAGGUUUCGAACAAUCUUCCAAAAGUAGCGUGGACAAUUCCCAAAUAGCGCAGCAGUUGGCGACAAAUUUUAAAACGGUGGCUAAAAAUGCAUUUACUUCACGACUUCACGUUUCUCUAGAAAAAGGUUGGGAAGGAACAGGUCCUACAGUAAUCGCAUCAUCGAAUACAAAUUCUCAAACAUAUUUUGACGGAUUUCUCGGUGAUUGUUGGGCAGAUUCGAUACGAGAUCCUGAUUGUAUGCCACCAAGCGGUAUUAACCUCAAUGCAAACCCAAACAGUAACCGGAGUAAUGCUAGCAACAGCAUGCCAUCUACUGCAUCAACACGAACAUCUUCCUAUGUGUUAUAUUCAUCCACAAAUGCCACAACUGCCGCUGGUUCGUAUUGA